AUGGCUGCGAGCGACCGAGCAGAAAACCUACCACCGCAGCGUGAACUGACCGAGGACACGGUCAUAGAAGAUUUGCCACCUCAAGAUGGGAGUUCAGAUGGCGAAGGAGGCGAACGCACUGCGCGGGAGAAAUUGAAGAAAACGUCCAUUGCGGGACUAUCACAAUACUCCAAGGCAAAGCCUGGCGUGGUUGGGCACCACCCUGUGGGCGACGUUGCGGGCACCGAAACCGUGCUUGAAGCACAGAGUGAAAACGGACAGGCACGGGGCCGUCCUUCCAAGAAACGCUCCUUUGAAGACCUGCAAAACGAAGAGUCCGGCCCCGGUGUCGAGAACGGGGGCCCACCCUUGCCCAAGAAAGGAAGCCAGCACAAGAGAAUGCGGUCCCGAGAAAUUUCUGGGAAUGAUGAGGAGAUACAGACUUUCGAUAAAUACGAGGACAUGGCGAGCCCAGUCCAGGAAGAGAGUGACUCAGAAGCACAGCAGUCUCCAGGCGGGCCCGGGAUCCUAGUUCAAGUGCCCUUGAAGAAAGAGAUGGAACCAACUGCCAGCGUGCAGGACUCACAAGCACCAACGGCAGAAGAUAAACCACCUAAUGUUACUAUCAGCACAGAGAAGCAGCCCGCAGCUUCAGAGACCCUCGUCAAACCCACUCAAUCGGCCGAACAAGCAGGCAAACAACCGCAGGUUGCGGCAUCCUCAGGCUUUGCCAACACGUCAACAGCUUCUCCAUUCAGCAGCUUCAAAUCUCCCCAAUCACCGGAGAAAGGGACGGAGUCGAUCGCGUCUCCUGGGGGUGCGACGUCGAGUUCCGCCUUCGCUUCUUCCGGUUUAUCAGCUUUCGCUGCGUCCGAAAAGUCACCCUUUGGAGCUGUAGGGGCGACCGCGAAACCUAGUGGUGGAUUUGGCGGGGCCAGCGGAGCGAGCCUUUUCGCGUCGACUUCUGGUGGAUUCGGGGGUGCAUCACCGUUCGCAAGUAAGCCAACGUCGGGCUUCGGUUCAGGGGGCGGUUUUGGAUCUGCUGCUGGAUUUGGAGGCGCGAGCGGGUUUGGGAGUGCUGCAAAGCCACUCGGCACGGGUCUCUCGCCAUUUGCUACUGCCGCAGGAACGGCGGGUACGUUCGGAAAGCCUAAGCCGUUCGGAGUCAAGUCGAAUGAAGACGAGGAAGACAGCGAGGACGGAGACGAGAACGACGAAGCACAAUCGGCUGCUCAAGAAGUCGAGCAAGAUCCGAGAUUCCAGAAGCAAGAGCUCAACACUGGAGAAGAGGACGAGAAAACUAUUUUCAGCUGUCGAGCGAAGCUGUAUCACUUUGACAGGGAGUGGAAGGAGAGCGGGCUGGGAGACUUCAAGAUCAACAUGCGUUACGAAGCAAGAUCAACUGUGCAAACCCCUACCACAGACGACAAGGAUGCAGGAGACAAAAGGAGCAAGCCUGAGGAUGAUGCCGGUGAAAUAAAUGAAGAAGACGUUGAAGCUGCCCUUGAGCGGGGCGAUCGCGGGUCGUCUGUGACUCUUGAGCGCAGAGGACGACUCAUCAUGCGCGCCAUGGGCACACAUCGUCUCCUUCUCAACACGCCGGUAUUCAAAGAGAUGAAUGUCGGCACGCACGACGGCAAAGAACCAAGUGGCAAGACGAUGCAUCUCACUGGUCUGGAGGGAGGGAAGCCGACGGGAUUCCAGAUAAAGGUGGGUAAAGAAGAAACGCUGAAGGAAAUCUAUUACAAAAUCCGGGAAUUGCAGGAAGAGAUGUGA